AUGGGCAUUAAGAGUUUCCUAGCGGUAGUAACCGCUAGCAGCUUGGCCCUCGUGGUGAUUGAGUACUACAGGACACGGGAUACAUGGGGUUAUGCUGCUCUAACCUACACCGACUUUUUCGCCUUCGUAUUGGGGCUCAUCGGACGUCCAAUUGUCAGCCACUUCUUCGUUCCUGAUGAGUCCUUCUGGAACACACCCGUGGAGGUAUCUGGGAUCAAGUCCUCGGUGCGCAUAUCACGUGACAAGAAUGGGCUUCCAUAUUUGAGCGCCUCCAGCAGGGAGGACUUAUGUUUUGGCCAAGGUUACCUGCACGCAACAGGUGAGUUCAUGGCUCCUAUGGGAGAUGCGGCGUCCAAGAGGCCUGUACAAAUUGAGUUGUUGAGACUCAUAGCAACAGGAAAAUCUGCGGCUGUCCUUGGAGCAUCUAUGACUGACACUGACAUGAUCAGCAGGCAAGGGCUUAUAGGGGGGCAGUUGGUGUGCUUGCUUGAGGUCUAUAGAAUGCUGGCGACGGCCGGGUCUCCCAAGAGGGAGGGGGCAUCACGAGCUGCUCGUAUGGCCCUUCUGCUGCAGCUGUUCGAUUUCGGCUACCCCGAAGGGGUGCCUCCUUUGAACCCUGAGGGCACCGGCCCCAGCCUUUACGACCUCACAGGCAAGCCAAUACCCGGCAGUCCCCCGCUGCUUACCAAGCAGCAGUGCUUAAAGUGGAUAACCAGGUGCAAGCCUGUGAAGUUUCCUUCAGUGGAACUGAGGGAUACGGAAUGGGCAAAAAGGGGCCCCUCCGACUUCCCCGAGAUGACAGAGGGGCCUUCUUCGCUUAAUCCGGAGUUUGGGGGUCCUAUGCACGAUAGAGAUCCCAACGCCAAGAUUACGCGGGAGCGAAUGGAACAGUUUAAGGAAGACAUGCAGAGAGCGGAAGAUUUCUACGACCUUAAGCACCCCAGACCGUGGACCACUGAUAGACAACCAGAACAGACCAACACAUUUAACCUGAAGAUGGAUGGAAGCAACGGCUGGGCAGUUUCUGGCAAGUUCACGAAAACAGGAAUGCCCCUUUUGGCUGGAGACCCCCAUAUCGAAGUGAACGCACCAGGCUUCUGGAUGCCGAUGUGGUUGAAAUCGGAUGGCAAAGGAGACGGUCUCCCCAUUCGUGCCGUCGGUGCCACGGCUGUGGGUAUCACGGGCAUGUUUGUUGGCCACAACGAGCACGCUGCAUGGACCCAAACGGUAGCACACACGGAUAUUGAGGACUUGUAUCUCAUAGACCUUAAUGAGGAGGGGACCCACUAUUUUUAUGGCGGCAAGCAAUAUCCUCUCAAGAUCAUCGAACAUAGCAUAUACGUGAAGGCAAGCUGCGGUUGGGGGUUGUGGUUUGAUGUUGUUCCAGUUUUUGGGCAACUGGAGGGCCGCCCGAGUCCCAUUCGUCACAUUGCUCGUUACAGCCACCAUGGACCCCUAUUUUCCGACGCAGUCCCUCCUCUACGGAAGGGCCUAAAAAAAAAUCAGGCCCUCGUCUUUGCCUCUGUAGCUCUGCGCGCCCCUUUGCCGGCGGCCUGGGCAGAGAAGAUGCUAUUUGGAAAGACCUGGAAGGAUUACAUUGAAAUGGGGCAGCACGCGCAAAUGAACGAGUUCGUCUGCAUCUGGGCAACCAAGGAAGGUGCAAUCGGGGCUUCUGUUACGGGCGCGGUCCCUGUGAGGCCAUACAGCCCUGAUCCCCAGUUCAGGAAUGGCUCUGACCCUGAACAGGACUGGAAGGGUGCAGUCCCUCAGGAACAAAUUCCGUUUGUGAUGAACCCAAAGGACGGGAUUCUCGUCGCUGGGAAUUCGGUUAUUGCAAACGACCCGAAGAGGAUCUUCGGCGAGGUUUUUGUCCCAGGGCAUCGCGUUCGUCGUGCGCACCAGCUGCUGAAUGAGCUGAAGAGCAAGAAGAAGAUUGAAGUUGAGGACCUUAUCAAGAUGCAGGAAGACCAAUUCAGCGAGCACGGUUGCGAGUUCAGAGAUUUCGUACUGAAGGAGUUCCUCAGCCGUUUUGACCUCAAGAAUGACCAAAAUGAGGCCGCGGCCCUUUGCGCAGAAGAGGGCCUUACUCCCUACGUGGCUCGAUUGCUGAAGUCCGCAAUGGAGUCUUGGGACUGUUCGAUGAAUGCAUCCUCAAACGGGGCUUCAGUUUACGAGGUGUGGCUUCAGAUGAUGUUGCAGGAAGUAUUCUCCGCGAACAACUGGACGGAUGAAUCUCUGUUCUCCCUAGUGGGGGGCUGGAUGCACCCAACGUGGUUGCCGCGCACUGAGGCCCUCAACCACUGGCGUAUUAACUUACUAUCUGCUCUGAAAGAUAAGAAUUCGGGUCUCCUCCCUGCCGGGUAUCCGGUGUCUCGUUUGUUUUGCAAGUCCGCCUAUGAAACACUAAUGUACCUAGUUGGUCGCCUGGGUCCAGAAGUGAAAGACUGGGAUUGGGGGAAGUUGAGGAGUCGCUAUAUUGAUCAUGUCUUCGUUAAGGAUGCACCCAUCCUUAGGAACCUGCUCAGCGUGGGGCCGCUGAAGUGGGGAGGAAACUUUGGCACCCUCAAGGCUCACCACUUCGAACCUCACAUUCUCAAGUCCGACGACCCCCUUAGUGGCAACUUCCAUCGAGGAAUCGACGCAACUUCUCUUAGGGUGGUGUUCGACUUAAACAAUUGGGAAAAUUCGCGCUGGGCGUACUUCCCUGGCAUUUCAGGAUGGGUCGGCAGCAAGCACUUUGGAGAUACCGCACAGUUCGUCGAGGACGGGCAAGAGAAACUGUUCCCCAUGCCGUGGGAUGAAGAUAAGAUUGAAGCAUCUCUGGUUUCUACUAAAGUUUUACACCCCAGGGAGCACAAGCAGGAGCCUCAGGAGCAGAGACAGCAGCCGCACAAGCAAGAGUUCUAG